AUGCCUGCUAGAAAGAAGCAAGUCAGUAAGGAAACGUGGUACGAGUGGAUAAUGGACGCCAUCGAGAAGAUUCAAGUUAGUAGACAGCGUCCUACGAUGGCCAGCAUAUGCCAUGCAAUACGCAAGCGCCACAUAUUCGAAGAAAAAACGAUCGCUGCGAGACUACAGGAAGCUGAAUCAAGUGGCCUGAUCGAGGCGAGUUUUGUGCGCGAUGCUCCCAUAUAUCGAUUGGUUCAAGGCAAAGCAAGGCGCCGAAGGGAGCAUCUUUCCCGGAAAUGCUGUUCGUUUCCUAACGCGAUCUGCAUCGAAUGUCUCAGAACUAGCAUCAAAGGCCCCAAUGAUCAGCCGGAACCGAUGAGCUCGUGUGAACGGUGCGGGAUAUCGCUACACGAUAGUUGCUCCAACAAACUCAAUGGCCUGGAAACUUCCGUCCCACUGUCCCAGCUGGUAUCGGUGGGAAAUAAUUGGUUCUGCGAUGACUGUUGCCAACCGUGUGAUGCUUGUAACACCAGGAUCACAAGUUUGAGCCAAGCUCGAUGCUGCCUGCUGGAAUGUGCCGAUUGUGCAAGAAAGUUCCACUUUCAGUGCAUGGUACCACCAUUGACCAGCGAGUGGAAAAGUAGAACGCCCUGGCAGUGCGACGAUUGUUCACAAAAUGAUAAGCAAUGCGAUGCGAAAAAAUCAAGAACUGAUCAUCGGUCAAAUUGUUCGCGCAUCGGUGCAGAGAACUUGAAGAAAAGUGUUGGUUUAAAUAAGUCCAGUGAGCACGGUACACAGUGUUCCCGAUCGCAACCCAAGGAAGCUGACCUGAUUGAUGGACGUAUUGAGGCGAUGAAGAUAAAGUUAGCUGGACAGGUGUCUACCGACGAUUUUGAUAUCUUCCGGAUGGUACUAUUGCAGACAUGCCAUCUGCAAACGGAUAAUCUCGCUCGUACACCGGAAGCAAUUCGGUUCGGCAAGUACGAAAUCGAAUCGUGGUACUCAAGCCCCUUCCCUCAGGAAUAUGCCAAACUGAAAGUGCUCUACAUGUGUGAAUUCUGCCUGAAGUACAUGAAGACGGACAAUGAGCUGCGCCGUCACCAGGGCAAGUGUAUCUUACGACAUCCUCCAGGGGGUGAAAUUUAUCGCGACGAUGAUUUAUCCGUUUUUGAGGUGGACGGAAAUGAGCAGAAGCUGUACUGCCAGAGCUUAUGCUUGUUGGCAAAACUAUUUCUCGAUCACAAAACGCUAUACUUCGACGUCGAACCGUUCAUGUUCUACAUCCUGACCAAACGCGAUAGGCUCGGGCAGCAUAUCGUCGGAUACUUUUCGAAGGAAAAGAUGAACCAGCGGAGCUACAACGUGUCCUGCAUCCUGACGAUGCCUCAGUGCCAACGGCAAGGUUAUGGGCGGUUUCUGAUUGAUUUCAGCUACCUACUAAGUCGUGUGGAGCGGAAGCCUGGCACACCCGAGCGCCCAUUUUCCGAUAUGGGACGCGUAUCUUACCAUAAGUACUGGUGUUCGGUUAUACUUUCGUACCUGUACCUCAAUCGUGACGCACCCCUAACGCUGAAAACAAUAUCCCGGGAUACCGGCAUGUUCGUGAGCGACAUUGUCACGGCUCUAAGGAAGCUGCACUUCAUCAAGUAUAGGGGUCAAAAGAAGGGUUGCUGUCGCACCAAUCGGCCGAUAAUCUGCAUCGACUGGCGGGCUGUGGAGGCACAUCAAGUGCGUAUAAACCGAUCGCCCGAAUCUGCCAGAGUCAAGGAAAUGGGUCUUCGGUGGAUACCAAAUAUGCGCGUUAGUUCAAUUGUCAAGCAGUCUGCUGUGGUAGAAAAUGUAAGCUUCCAGAACGAUUCAUCUAGCUCACCGAGCUCGCAAAAUACACCAAACGUGGAUGAGGUUAGAAACAAAUGUUCUCCUAGCAAAGCUGAGAAAGGAAAUGGCAACGAUGCGAACAUUUUACUCAACUCUAGCUCCACUGGGAAAAGUCCAACGAAACAUUCACUCAUUGCGCAAAGUCCAUCGGAGCACAGUGGCAACGACACGGACAAUUCACUGGAAGAAGAUGGCAUCGCAAGAACGAGCUCUGGUCGAAAGCGAUCACGGCCGAAAAAAUACAGUAAAGAUUUAUUCGACCUGUCACUAUCGCUAACGACAGGAACGCCCAAAUCAAACCGAUCGCUGAAACCCGCCUCAGAGGAAUCGAAGGAUUCGAAUACAUCUUGGUGCGAGGGUAAAUUUCCAGUUGUGCUGAUGGAACCGCUUUCCGCAAACGAUUUCGUACUAUCGCGGCCAUCGGACAGAUGCGGUACGGACGAGGAGGUUUCGCUGGACAGCGUGGAAGCGUUCAUGGGUACACCGAAAAGCGAGUUACAGAAGCCGUCCCCUAGCAAUACGGUACAUGGAUUCACACCGAUCGCACCUUUUAAACAGCAGUUCGUUGUGAACGUUGAACACCGAGGAUCGCCGUCGCUGGGUGCUGCAUUGUCUCACCACUUCGAGCCACACAUGUCCACCCCGAAGUUGUCCAGUGCUAAGCGGAGCAGUGCCAGCAGAUGUCGGAAACGAACCAUCGUCUGCCUGCAGGAGGUAAUCAGCUGCAAACGGCAGCGAUUGGACUGGACUGCGGAUGAGGGUAGAGGCAGCGCAGAACACGGCAUUAGUAGAGAUGGCAACGUUACGUCGAGCCAUCAGGUAACUUUAUAUACCCAUUGUCGACCCACUCGGCCUGGUGUUAGGGGUAGGCCAAGCGAGGGUAACACGAUUGAGCUUAGUAGUUCGAACGUAAGGAUGUUCCCGAGGACAGUGUAA